AUGACAGAGGACAAUUAUCGGCCUCGCUCUCCUGAUCUCUCUCUCCCUCCUCUUCAACAACACGCGCUUGCAAGUCCAAUUACCUCUUACGCACCGCCCUUCUUCAACUCAUACCAACCGUACCAACGCCCAAAUCCAAGUCGCGUGUCUCAGCAGUACGUUCCACCAUAUCAGCCAGACUUGGACAUGGCCCGUCGUUCAAGCCGUCUUGCUCAGUCCGACCACGCCCCCAUCCCCGAACCUCUGCCCGAGGCAAUUCAACCCAUGCCCGAAGCAAUUCAACCCAUGCCCGAAGCAAUCCAACCAAUCCCAGAGCCGAUCGCAAUGGCGCCAGUCCUCGCCGUUGCGCCGGAGAUGGACGAAGAGAUGCCACCGGCGCCUCCAAGUGCGGGGAUUGAAGUAAAGACCAAAUUUCCCGUGGCGCGCAUCAAGCGCAUCAUGCAGGCCGACGAGGAUGUCGGCAAGGUUGCUCAAGUGACGCCGAUUGCUGUGUCCAAGGCUCUCGAACUCUUCAUGAUCUCUCUCGUCACUAAGGCGGCACAAGAAGCAAAGGAUCGCAAUUCAAAGCGCGUCACAGCCUCGCAUCUCAAACAGGCUGUCGUCAAGGAUGAAGUGCUUGACUUCUUGGCCGACAUCAUCGCUAAGGUUCCGGAUCAACCCGCUAGCCGGAAACACGAAGAUGACGGGAGCGAUCAGAAUGAGGGUCGCCGUAAGCGUGGCGGGCGGCGACCAAAGGAUGAGAGUGAUUGA